GCAUUUUUCUCUCUGGACGGCUCUCUUAGGUUAGGUUUGGAACGGUACGACUAGCCAGACGGACUUUCACAAGGAAAACAAGCCUGAGCUCUUGGCCUCUAUUAAGGGCUCAGUGAAGCUGUGGUACUAAGAUUCGCGCAAGAAUCUGUAAUCCAAAGGCUAUAAGAAGAAGAAGAAGAAGAAGAAGGUUAGGUUUCUCCGAUGCAAGUAGACUGGAUGCUGCGGAUGUUGUCACCUGUAGAUGUAACGUAUUUGAAUACGUGUACCAUUCUGCCGUGAAGUUAAAAACACCGUCGGCGGUCCACAAAAUAGAUGAAAGAUGCUCCUGAAUUUUUGCGACCCUCGCCUGCGUGCCAAAAUCAAGUGCAACGCCAUCAGCACGGACGAGUACGAGGUGACCAAUUUGAUAAACGGCUCCGGCAGAGGUUACAUGGCGUACUCCUGCAUCAAGCCGCCGAUCGACAUUGAGAUCACGUUUUUCUGCAACGUGCGCAUCAAUCACAUACUGAUUUGGCCGUCCGUCGGGUCGCAGAGGUCGUCGGGCUUUCGGCUCUGCGGCAGAAGCACCGACGACGUAAGCACGCCGUACACGCAGCUGUCCAGCGGGUUUCUGACCCGCCAGGAUGCCGGUUUGUUGUUCUAUCCGAAUGACGGUUCCGUCGACUGUGCGCGCAUCCCCGCGCCAGCGAAUUUCACGAGGCGUUGCAUCGGCGCUUCCAAGGGAUCCGUGACCAGACACGCGCGUGCCUUGCGCGUGUCGAUAUUCAAGACGGAGAACUCGGUGCCGGCGUUGGGGAAGAUUGAGGUGUGGGGAACGGUGUCCUCGCGGUGUGAGAAAAGUAUCGUUGUGACUGUAAAUUAUUUAUGGAACGUACCUCAGGUGCUGUCCGUACUGCCUGUAACUGAGGUCGAAACUGAUGUUGCUCUUCCUGCGGCUCGGACACCAGACACCGGAGACAAUAGACUGAAGAGUGAGGCAGAGUUCAAAAUUCCCGAAAGCUUCCUGGACGUCAUUACAUGGGAAUUGAUGACUCAGCCGGUCAUACUACCCAGCGGUCAAAUAAUAGAUCAGACCACCUUGGAGAAAUACGGCGACAACGAAGCGAAUUGGGGUAGAUCGUUGUCAGAUCCGUUCACGGGCUUGCAAUUUAACGACGAUCGCAGACCGGUCAUGGCGUCCGCGCUCAAGUUGAGAAUCGACAAGUUUUUACUGGACAACAGCGAUCGGAAUGAGAUAAAGAGAAUGCCGAGAGUCUUGGGCCGGGAUCCAGCUGUGAUGGGAGACAGAGGAAUAAUUGAAGUACCGAAAUGUGCAUUGAGUUCGUUGAAAAGGAGAACUGCCGAGGAUGACAUUAGGCUGUUAAAUGUACGUAAGCAGAUGAGAGACAGCAACUCGCAGCCUGUUGCGAGAAAGUAUUGUCAUAAACUGCCGAUAGCAGUUAUGCCCAGCCGAUCUACUGCCAAUGCUGUAACAAAACCGAGACAGCUCCGUAAUGUGAUUCGGCCUUCCUCCGAAUUAGCUCGUGACAAUUCUCAAAAUGAUAACAGUGAUGAAUUAGGUACACUGACCAAUAACGUUACUGGUUUAGAGACCCUGUUUUCCCCGCUACGACGCGUGCCACAAACAGUAGAAUUACAUAAAAUAGCUAACAAUUGCGAAUGUUGUACCGACAGUGCUUUUUAUAAGCUUCCAUGUAAACAUGUGAUUUGCAGAAAAGUGUUAUUGUCUAUUGAAAAUAACCAGUGCAAAUCCUGUGGAUUUUCUUACAAAUCGUGCGAGAUUGAGCGAGUUCAUGAGAAUAUUUUAAGAAGAUAGUAACCAUAAGAGUACACACAUAAAAUAUAAAUCAGCGCAACUCAAGUUUUUAGCAUUUAUUGUAUGUCAGAUUUUGAUCACAGUAUGCAAAAUAUAUUAUUGUAACACAUUGAAUCUUUAGAGCAAUAUUACACAAUUUGACAAUUUUAGUGACAAUAGCUAGAAUCGCCGAUAUUUUGGCACGACAUAACUUAUGUUUAUUGUGUUAUUACAUGUGUACGUAUACAUUUAUAAGUGUAUAAUACUUAUAAAAGUUUAUUUUUUUAUCUUAUAUUGUAUAUAUAUAUUUUUUUGUUACUUUUUCUCUUUAUAGGAAUCAUUUGAAUUAUUCAUGAGAUCUUUUAUUUUAUGUACCAUUCCUUUCACAGCAUAAUAUUUUGCUUUUUCAUAGUUGUUAUUACAUCUUUUUUAAAAUUAAAUACUUUACAUCGAAUAGUAAAAAAUUUAGCAUGUGAUGGUCUAACAUCCCGGAUAAGAAUAUAUUCUGGUUGUUAUAAAUAUAUAUAUGUAAAUGAUAUGUGACAACUUGGAAAUAAAAUUCAUAUAUUGUUUCUUA